AUGCAUUCACGUCAUCGCAAAAUGUAACCGAAAAUGAUCAGAAAGACAAAAUGUGCAGCAUUCUUACAUAGUCAAAAGAAGAAACAUGGACUGCAAAAAGUAUUUGCAUUUUCUUUGUCUCGUUGUCGUGGUUCAUGAUUCUAUGAGCCUUGUGCUAAGCAAUGGAAAGUGCCUGUACUCUAUGAAUGAAACAUCACCAGAUGAUGCGCCUUUUAAUAAAACAACUCAGAUUUGUUGUACAAAAUCAGGAGUUCACGAUAAAUAUUAUCAAGGACACGAAGUAGAAUGUUGUGGGGAUACAACAUACAUACCAGAGAUAGAUCUCUGCUGCAAAGGAAAAGUUUACAACAGACCUGGCACUGAACGGAUAGGCAAUGGAAAUUAUUCUCGUGAUACGAACAGUGAUGAUAAAAGUGCAUCCAAGGCAUCAUUAAACAAGCAAGGGAAUCCAACCUAUCGUGAUGCUGCCUAUAAAAACAAAAUUAAACAAACGAUACUGAACAUAAAAUUCCAGAGGUUGAUGAAGCAAAAGGGAAGAAACCUCCUCCGAGAUCUUCUGAUCUACAUUGAUAUCGCAAAAGCCAAGAAGUACUCAAAGAAAAUCCCGAACUUACCUUGACAUGGAAAGAAGAGGAAAAAAUACCUUUAUAUAAAAUAUAUAUAUCUCAAAAAUGAACACAGACAUUUUGUAUUAAUUUUGUAAUUUAUAGUUUGGUUUUUCAUGGUGUAGACAUAAUACUUCAUAAUGUUGUUACUUACAAAUAGAGAAAAUAGGGCAACCAUUUAUGAAAAUGGCUUUAGACAAGUAAAAUGGCAAACACUAUGCACAUUUUAGGCAACAGUGCAUUUUUCAUCCAGCAGUUCAUUUUUGAAUUUCUUUAUAAAAAUUAUUCAUAUGAUAUUUUCUCUUUUUAUUCUUAUG